GACCACAAUUUCUAAUUUGGUGUUUCUCUCUAAAGGCCAGGGCAAGAUGUUGGAAGAUGGUGUAAGAAGAACAAAUCCAGUGGCAUUUUUUGAUGACGAUGGCCGUCGCAAAAGAACUGGAACGGUUUGGACUGCAAGUGCCCACAUAAUAACAGCUGUUAUUGGCUCUGGGGUGUUGUCUUUGGCUUGGGCUAUUGCUCAACUUGGAUGGGUUGCUGGUCCUGCUGUAAUGGUUCUCUUCUCUGGUGUCACUUAUUAUACCUCAAUUCUUCUAGCUGCUUGUUACCGCACCGGUGAUCAACUCACUGGCAGGAGAAACUACACCUACACUCAAGCUGUCAGAUCCUACCUAGGUGGAAUGAAUGUCAAGUUUUGUGCGUUGGUUCAGUAUGCCAACCUUUUUGGAGUGGCAAUCGGGUACACCAUAGCAGCUUCCAUAAGCAUGAUGGCCGUUAAAAGGUCUAAUUGUUAUCAUAAUAGCGGAGGAAAAGAUCCAUGCAAAAUGAACAGCAAUGUUUACAUGAUUUCAUUUGGAAUUGUUCAAAUUGUUUUGUCCCAAAUACCAGAUUUCAAGGAGUUGUGGUGGCUCUCCAUUGUGGCUGCUGUCAUUUCCUUCACAUACUCAAUAACUGGACUUGGUCUUGGAAUUGCUAAAGUCAUAGCAAACGGGACGGUUAAAGGAAGCUUAACUGGUGUAAGUAUUGGUACUGUCUCACAAAGCCAAAAAAUUUGGAGGAGCUUCCAAGCUUUUGGUAACAUAGCCUUCGCCUACUCCUACUCAAUGAUCCUUAUAGAAAUUCAGGACACAAUCAAAUCACCUCCUGAAGAGUCAAAGACAAUGUCAAAGGCUACUUUAGUGAGUGUCUCAGUGAUGACCAUUUUCUAUCUGCUAUGUGGUUGCUUUGGCUAUGCAGCUUUUGGAGAUUCAAGCCCUGCAAACCUUCUCACUGGUUUUGGCUUCUAUAACCCAUAUUGGCUCCUUGACAUAGCCAAUGCUGCCAUUGUUGUCCACCUUGUAGGUGCAUACCAAGUUGACUGCCAACCCCUGUUCAAAUUUAUUGAAAACAACGCAGCACAAAAGUUCCCGGAGAGUGAUUUUGUGACGAAGGAAUUUGAAGUACACAUCCCUGGUUGCAGACCCUUCAAGUUCAACCUCUUCAGGUUGGUUUGGAGGACAAGUUUUGUGAUCUGCUGUACUGUGAUAGCAAUGGUGGUACCAUUCUUCAAUGACAUUGCGGGGCUGAUUGGAGCCAUUGGAUUUUGGCCACUCACAGUGUAUUUCCCAGUGGAGAUGUAUAUUGUUCAAACUAAUAUACCAAAAUGGAGCACCAAAUGGAUAUGCCUGCAGAUGCUUAGUGGUUUAUGCUGCCUCUUGACAAUUGUAGCUGCAAUAGGUUCCUUCACAGCAGUUCUUGAGGAUAUUAAAGUUUACAAGCCCUUCAAGACCAAUUACUAGUUGAGAGUCGCUGCCCUGUUAACUUUUCGUUACUUUGAAAUCUAUACCUUUAUUACUU